UUUCGGUUUUUUUUUAGUUUUAAUUUUAGGGUAUUAUUUGUAAGAUAUAAAAUAUUUUAAAAUUGUAAUUAAUAAAAAUCGAAGGUAGUAUAUUGACUUGAGUUUUUUUUUCCUAAGCCUAUUUCAUUUCUUUGCCAUGGAAGAUAGAAACACCAAUGUAAAUGCCAAAAUCACCCAUCAUAUAGCUGUAUAUGCCUUCCCAUUUGGAAGCCAUGGCUCCCCUCUCUUAAACAUAAUAAGGCGGUUAGCCGCCUUAGCACCGCGAAACAAGGUGCAUUUCUCUUUUUUUAGCACACCCAACUCAAUAAACACUCUCUUUCCAAAAGGUUCUAAAUUUGAUGUAGAUUGCCCCAACAUUAAGGCCUAUGAAGUUUGGGAUGGUAAGCCUGUAGGGUAUGUGUCUAAGGGCAAUCCCUUGGAGGAAAUUGACCUCUUCCUUAAGGCGGUGGCGAGGCCAGGUGCUUUGAAGAAGGUGUUAGAGGAAGCUGAGGAGAAUGUAGGUGUUAAAGUGAGUUGUGUUAUGGGAGAUGCCUUCUUGUCUUAUUUAUUGUGUGAUUUGGCUUUGGAAGUUAAGGUGCCUUGGGUGUCUUGUUGGAUCCCAGGAGAACAUUCUUUCUGUGUCCAUGUUUAUACUGAUGCAAUUAGACAGAGGUUUGGUACUCAGGGCAUUGAAGAAGGGAGAGAAGAAGAAAACUUGGAUUUUUUACCAGGACUAAACAAGAUCAGGGUGAAAGAUAUACCAGAUGGAAUAGUCACAGGAAAUAUUGACUCACCCAUUUCUCAAUUGCUACAUAAAAUGAGUCAAGUUUUACCUUAUGCAAGUGCAAUUUGCUUGAGCUCUUGCGAAGAAUUAGACCCAAUUGUUACCAAUGACUUAAAGUCUAAGCUCUCGAACGUGUUCGCUGUCGGUCCUCUAAGCCUAGUGGUUGCACCAUCAAAAGUGGCAGAUACUUAUAAUUGUUUGGGUUGGCUUGACCAACAAAGGCCUAACUCUGUUGUUUAUGUGAGCUUUGGUUCUGUUGCUACACCAACUCCAAAUGAGCUUUUCGCUUUGGCUGAGGCUCUUCAAGCUAGUGGACUCAAGUUCUUGUGGUCGAUGAAGGACCACUUAAAGGUACACUUUCCUAACGGUUUCUUGGAAAGUAAUAAAGAAAAUGGCAUGAUAGUCCCUUGGGCACCCCAAGUAGAUGUUCUAGCACACGGUGCAGUAGGGGUAUUCAUCACUCACUUUGGUUACCAUUCCAUUAUUGAGAGUAUAGCAGCCGAAGUUCCAAUGAUCGGGAGGCCCUUUCUUGGUGACCAUAAGCUAAACGGACGACUUGUAGAGGCCGUUUGGAAGAUUGGACUAAAAGUUGAAGGAGGGGUUUUUACCAAGAAUAAAGUAGUGAAGAGCUUGGAUCGAAUUUUGUGGUGUGACGAAGGGAAGAAAAUGAAGGAAACUAUCAAAAACCUAAACAACGUGGUUCGAAAGGCUAUUGCCCCUGAUGGAAGCUCCAACAAAAAUUUUAAGUUGCUAUUGGAACUAGUAAUGAAAACAUAGGUGUAAUGCUAUUAUAGUACUUCUACAAUUGUACGGUUGAAUAAUUUUAAUGGGCGUGCCCCAAUUCCUCUUCUUGAUAAACAAGAAGUGUAUCUCUUAUGGCAUUUUUGUAAUUAAACUGCAUUGGGAAUUGUAAAGUAAUGCUAUUAUAAUCAGAAUAAGUGUUAACUGUACAUCCA